AGGUCAAAGCUCCUUGUACCUGCUGCAUUAAGCGCCGAACAACAGGUAACAUCCCUGCUCUUACCAGAAACCACAAUGGAAGCUGCCAUCACCACCCUCAUCACUCAGUUCAAGACCUGCGCGGGGAAGGACGGAUCCUCCAGCACCCUGAGCAAAGAUGAAUUCCACAACCUGGUGACCUCUCAGCUUCCCAACUUUGUCAAGAACGCCAGCGACUCGGCAGCCAUCGACCAGCUCAUGGUCUCCCUGGAUGAAAACAACGACGGCGAGCUGACUUUCCUUGAGUUCUGGCAGCUGAUUGGAAAACUGGCAAGCAAGCAGGGAGGCUUCAGUCAGUAGAGGUCUGCCUUGUCAGUCAAGUUGUGGCUUUCUACAGAUUGUGCAACACCAUCCAACUGGAUUCUGAAACCAAACUGUAACCUCCGGGGCAUUUUAUUUCUUUUAUCUGUGUCAGUGCCACAUGUGUAACUCUUUAGUUAACCAUUUGUUGGACACAAGGAUGUUGGCAUUAAAAGCUUCAUUGUCUUGAACUCU